GCACAUAUGGAAUUGAAGCUGAUAUAUGUGGUGGGUUUGGUGAGAGUUUUAGUUUCGAACUCAGCAGCGCAUGACACAAUGGAUCCAUAUGGGAGCAUUAGUAUCAAAUGGGAUAUCAUGUCCUGGACCCCUGAUGGCUAUGUGGCAGUGGUAACGAUGACCAACUACCAAAUGUAUCGACCAAUCAUGAGUCCUGGCUGGACCUUAGGAUGGACAUGGGCUAGGAAUGAAGUUAUUUGGUCAAUGGUGGGAGCUGAAGCCACUGAUCAAGGAGACUGUUCCAAGUUCAAAGGAAACAUUCCCCACUGUUGUAGGAGGACUCCUGCAAUUGUUGAUUUGUCUUCUGAAGUCCCUAACACCAAAAGAUUUACCCAUUGUUGCAAAGAUGGCGAACUAGCCUCUUGGGGAAAAGAUCCUGAAUCUUCUGUUUCCUCCUUUCAGCUCAGUGUUGGACGUUCUGGUAACUCAAAUCAAACAGUGAGACUGCCCAAGAAUUUUUAUUUGCUUGGUCCAGGACCAGGCUACACAUGCAGUGCCGCGACCCUUGUGCCACAGUCUACAUUCUUCUCAUCUGGUAGUAGGAGGAAAACAUAUGCAAUGAUGACGUGGACUGUGACCUGCACUUACUCGCAGACAUUAGCGUCUAAGAACCCAAAAUGUUGUGUUUCCUUGUCCUCUUUUUACAAUCCUAAGAUCACUCCCUGUCCAUCUUGCGCCUGCGGUUGCCAGAGUGAAAAUAAUUGUGUAAUAAAUGUUCCUAAAAUUUCAAGUAUGGCAAGACUAGACAAUCCAAUUGACUACAAUUUGCCUCUCAUACAGUGCACUCAACACAUGUGCCCCAUCCGGGUGCAUUGGCAUGUGAAGGCCAACUACAAAGAGCAUUGGCGUGUGAAGAUUACCAUAACCAAUUUCAACUACCAGAUGAAUUACACACACUGGACUCUUGUUGUUCAACAUCCAAAUCUCAGUAAUAUCACCAACGUUUAUCGCUUCAUUUAUGAGCCACUCAACCUAUACCAAUCCAAGAAUGACACUGGCAUGUUUCAUGGAAUAGAGUAUUAUAAUGACUUGUUAAGGGAAGCUGGGCCAAAGGGUAAUGUUCAAUCAGAAAUGAUUCUUCAAAAGGACAGAAGUACAUUCACAUUGGAGAAAGGAUGGCCUUUUCCUUUGAAAGUUUAUUUUGACGGUGAUGAAUGCAUGAUGCCUCCACCUGAUUCUUAUCCAUUCCUGCCCAGCUCUGCCCAUGUCAGCCCAAUUGCAUCUUCAACAGUGGCCGCUUUUCUGCUUAUGAUAGUGCUAGCAGCUUGGUAA